AAGGAAUCGAUCGAUUACUAUCAGCGAUAUGGCAACGAGUAUAAAUUGACGGGUCGUUUGAUGUAGAGGCCCAUAUUAUAUCUCCUGUCCAGCUCCAAAAUGAAAUUCUUCGCGAUCCUAGUCCUGAUUUUCGUGUGCCUCGCUGUCGCUGCGGAGGCCCAGACGACGAAAAAGCCCAAACCGACGACUGCGCCCAAACCGACUGCCAAGCCCAAACCGACUGCUGGACCUAAACCGACUGCUAAACCCAAGCCAACGGCUGGACCUAAACCCACCGCUAAACCCAAACCAACUGCUAAGCCAAAACCAACUGCUGGACCCAAGCCAACGGCUAAGCCCAAGCCAACAGCUAAGCCCAAGCCCACCAAGAAACCAUAAGCUGUGAGGCUAUGGCAGCCCCCAAGAAUAAUUGAAGAGCUGACCGCCGAAGAAGAUCUAAUAGAAAUUAUUGCAAACUAUUAAAAAAACUGGGCAUGAUUAUUUAACUGUAUCAUUAGUUGGGAAUAAUUACGUACAUUUGCUGUUAUUAAUUGGAAAAGAAUCAGCCUAAAAUAAAAUGAUUGCCCCAA